AUGGCAAAAGACCACAAAACGAGGCCCAUCAUCGAUACUUUUCAGUACGGAGUAGGAAAGGAUUGUUUCCUGGAUGAUCGGAAUGCAAAACAGGGAUUUCCUGUGCAACGCCGCACGCUGCUGUUGAACAUCAAAGAAAUCCUGAAUGCCUUUCCUCGUGAAACCCCAUUCAAAGACAAUUGCCCAGGAAGGAAAUGGUUUAAAGCUUUUAUGAUUCGCCAUCCGCGCCUGGUAAUGCGAACACCGGAGGCUAUAACAGCAGCUAGUGCACGAGUAACCGAAGCCGAUAUAAGGAAGUGGUUCGUAAAUAUCUCUGAGUGGUUCCACGAUGAAGGAUUAAGCGAUAUUCUGUCGGACCCCAGUCGUGUAUUUAAUGGUGAUGAAACAUCAUUCUACCUACAUCCAAAAACCCGCGCAGUUAUCGCUGAAAAAGGUUCCCGGAACGUUUACGAAGUGGAAAGAGCCAAUGCAAAACAGAACAUUACGGUGAUGUUCUCAUUUAGCGCUGAAGGACAGAUUGUUGACCCGCUGGUGAUACUUCCGGGGCAGCGACUCAGGCAAGAGAUUGCUCGUGGCUUUCCCCCCACUUGGGGCCUCGGUAGGAGUGAAAAUGGAUGGAAAUUGUGGGUAGUCAAUUUCAGUGAGUACAUCACGGAAAUAUUUCAUCCGUUUCUUCGCAACAACGGUAUUCCGCUCCCAGUGGUUUUCUUCGUUGAUGGGCAUUCAUCCCAUGUAGCCGUUGAAGUAGCUGAAAAGUGUCAAGAGCUAGGGAUAAUCUUAAUUGCCCUGUACCCUAACAUGACUCGUAUAACGCAACCGGUGGACGUUUCGAUUUUCAAGCCGCUGAAAGAUCAAUGGAGGAAGGAACUAGACGACUGGAAUUCGGAACAUUUGGGAGAGAUCUUCACUUUGAAGCAAUUUGGCCCAACACUGAAAAAGGCGGUUGACGCAGGAUUAAAGAAAGACAGCAUAAUCAACGGCUUCCGAGCUUGCGGCCUAUGUCCUUUCGACGCCGAUAAUGUUGAUUAUUCCAAGUGCACGGCGAUAAAUGAAAGCUUGCCAUCCGAGCCAUCAAAUGAUACUAACGAACAACGUGCAGAAGAGUUCCUGCAGCCGUUUGUCCAGAUAAAUUUGUCUACCCCCAACUGCGCUGAGAUCAGCGAACAAUCGCUACAGCCAUCGGUAGUAGAUACAGGGUUGCUGACGCCUGUCAUCGAGGAAGAUAGAAGCUAUCUGGAUGAAAGUGGAUUCGGAGAUACUUCAGUACAAGAGCAAGUUACUACUGGUUUUACUGCACGUGGUGAGACCGUUUUAGCAGAAUUCACUGUUUCUUCUCGUGGAAGUGUGUGCUUUGAUACACCGGUUCAUCAGGCCUAUUCGGAAAAGCAAAUAGUACAAAUGCUCGAAGGACAAAGCAAGCAAAGUUCAAGUCAACUCUUUAAAAUCAAGGACAAGAACUUGGGCCAUGAUCGUGACGUUGAGCUAACUGUGAACCAACAAGAGAUAAGUACAUUUCAGGAUGUGAAUAACAGAAAGGACAUUCCCAAGAGAACUAGUUUGUCCGACAUUCUUAACUUACCACCAGCACCACAGAGAACCGCACAGAAGCAAGAGGAAGAGCAGAAAAAGAAGCAGAGAAUUAACGAUCGUAAGGAGGCAAAGCAAAAGAAGGAUGAAGAACGUAAAAAGAAAAAGAUUGAAGCAGAACUACGGAAAAGUAAGAAAAAAGAUUGCGAAAAGGGAUUAAAACGAAGUGCAGGAGAUCAAAAGGAGCACGAGCACAAACCUAAAAGGAAAUUGACGAAGAAGCUGGCUGCUGCAGAAAGAAGCAUUGUCAAGGAGGAGAAAGAGAACUGA